AAAAUAAUUUCACUUUCUAGUAAUUGAAACAUCAAUAUCGAUAAGAAUGCGAAGAAGAGUUGAUCCAGUCUACAAAGGAGACAAAUAAAAUUCGUUUCAGCUUCUAUACUCCUCUACCAAACAGCAAAGGAAAAUUCAAUAUAGAAAACAAUGAGCUCACUUAGUCACUUCCAUUGUUCUUCUGUCUCUGCAAUGGCCAUCAAUUCUGUUUUGCCUUUCAUGUUCUUACUAUUCUUAUAUACAAGCCUUAUGUACUGCUGCUAUAUUGCACAUCCAGUAGGAGCUGCUGCAGCAACAAUAACAGACCCACAAGAAGUUAAAGCAUUGAGAAUUAUAGCAAACAAACUGCAAAAUAGAAAGUGGAAAUUCAGUGAGGAUCCUUGCAGUGGAAAAGGAAGCUGGAACGUCAACCAGGAAAAGGAUACUAAAAAUAUGGUCAUCUGUAAUUAUACCUCAGAGGACACCAAAUUUCACCAUGUUACCCAUAUAUUUCUGAAGCGUCAGAACCUGUCUGGGGUUGUUCCAGCGGAGCUAGCCAAUCUCACAUACCUCCAAGAAAUUGAUUUCAGUGCCAAUUAUCUUAAUGGAUCAAUACCCUUAGAAUUGGGAUCAUUGCAUCAUUUACUAAAUUUGUCACUUGGCAUAAAUCGUCUUUUAGGUCGCAUUCCAAAAGAAAUUGGAAAUCUUGAGAGUUUGAAGAAAUUGGACUUAUUUUCAAACAAUCUAUAUGGACGACUACCAAAAUCACUUGUAAAUUUGACCAACCUUGAAAUAAUGUUAAGGAAAGCUUUAUAUGGAUUGAAGCAAGCUCCUAGAUCUUGGUAUGCUAGACUGGAUAAAUAUCUUUUAAAGCUUGGAUACACUAAAGGUAAUGCUGACAGUAAUUUGUAUUACAAAAUUACCAAUGAUGACAUUUUGGUUAUUGAAGUAUUUGUGGAUGAUAUAAUUUUUGGAGGUGAAGAAGAGUUAUGUAAAGACUUUGCUACCAAGAUGCAUGAAGAGUUUGAAAUGUCUAUGAUUUGAGAGAUAAAAUUUUUUCUAGGUUUGUAGAUUUCACAAACAGAUAAAGGUAUAUUCAUAUGUCAAACAAAAUACUUGAAGGAACUUUUGAAGAAAUUUGGUAUGGAAAACUCCAAACCGGUAAGCACUCCUAUGACUACAACUGAUAAAUUGACAUUAAAGGAUGAUUCAACUCCUAUAAAUCCAACAAGGUACAAAUCUAUGAUUGGACGAUUACUGUAUUUGACACAAACCAGACUUGAUAUAAUGAAUGCAGUGUGUAUUGUAUCUAGAUUUAAAAUCAAUCCUAAAGAAAAUUACGAAACUGUAGUAAAAAGGGUUUUUCGGUUGCUACAAGGCAUAACAAAUCUUGGUUUAUGGUAUCCUAAGAAUGACAAUUUUUAGUUAUGUGUAUAUAUAGAUGCAAAUUGGGUAGGAGAUGUAGAUGACAUAAAGAGUACCACUGGUGGAGCAUUCUUUCUUGGCAGAAGGUUAAUUUCAUGAAUCAGCAAGAAGCAGACUUGUACAUCAUUAUCUACAGCAGAAGCAGAAUAUGUUGUAGUAGCAACUAAUUAUACUCAGAGAGAAACUUUGGGUAAUUUCCCCAUCGGAAAAGACUCAAGUGAUGAAGAUUGGCAUCAAAUCGGCAGGGACUAACAGAAAAAUCUUUUUCCAGCUUUGAUGGAGGAGAGCUACUUCUCAGGGGGAGUAGUUAGUUGUAUGUUAUGUUCAGAAUUUUUUUAAUCUUAACUGCUUUGGCAUUUGAUGUCAAAGGGGGAGAGAUGUCUAUGGAAUAAUAUUGUUGUACUUUGAAGAUUGGGGAGAUAUGUAUUUUUGUUAUGUUUUUUUUGUUUUUGGUACAUAACUUUGGUUGAUCUAUUUUGGGAGAUUGUUGGUAUUUGGCAUUCUAUAUUUGGCACUUAGAUGUUUUUCCAUCUAGUGUUGCCAUUAAUGCCAAAGUGGGAGAUUGUUGGUAUUAUGGAUGACUUUGUCAUGUGUUGCAUUGGUUUUUCCAUUGAUGUCAACACUUAUCUUUCUGGAGGUCUACAUUGUUGAUUUGGUACUCUAGUUAUAUUGGUUUAUUGUUGAACUGGCACAUUAUGGUCUCGGUAUGGAUAUUGGCUUAUGCAUAGUCACCGGUAUAUGCUACACCGGCAGGUUA